GGUCCAAUCUCUUCGACCAAGUUUCAUUAGGACACAAUGUUUCGCCGAGCGCUGCUGUUUCUCUCUGUUAUUUAUUCAUUGCAGUAUUGCAAUGGACAGACAGAAGCUCCCGAGAAGAACCGUAUGAUGGGGAUUGACGCUGUUCACGACAACAACGUGAAAAUCGACAAAGAUACUAUAAUUACACGUAAUUUGAAAUUGGAGAAACGGAACCGCGGACCGAAGUCGGAUUCUAAUAAAAAUGUGGAUGAAAAAGAGCCAGACUGGUCUUAUGCGAGUUUCCCUAAAGAAAUUUCGGAACACGUUGAGAACUUUAAAAAGAACAUGAGCGAGUGUUUGAAGGAAGUGCAGUCUAGUGACAAGAGGCCUGUCAAGCGUCUCUCUCCUAAAAUGGAGUCUCCUGUUCAUGGCGAAUGUCUCAUUGCCUGUGUUCUGAAACGCAACGGUGUUAUUAUUCAUGGAAAAGUUAAUAAAGAUAACUUAAUAGCUCUUGUAAGUAAGUUCUACUCUAAAGACACCAGGCUCAUGAAGAAAUUGGAGAAGAAUUUGGAUCGUUGUAUCGAAAUGAGUGUGCGUGCCCAAGACGACUGCACGUUGGCAUCGCUGCUUAACGAUUGCACUAACGACCUAAUGGCCAGCAAUAAACACAAAUUAACGGUUAAUUAUUAAAAAAUAUCGUAGUUGUAAUUGCUACGAUAAAAAUA